AUGAAGUUCACCGCCGUUCUCCUUCCCGCCAGUGCCCUGUUCUUGGGCUCGGCUAAUGCCUGGUGGUGUACCGACUAUGGAAAACAGGCUAAUCAUCUGAGUUGCAAAGCGCUUUACCCGGAGCGAAAUACCUUUUGCUGCAGUGCAGCAGAAGGGGGAGACCGACACACUUGGAGAGGAGACUGCAUGUUAGCGGAGGAUACCCCUUGUGGCGAAGGUGGUUUCGAGGGCUGCCGGUACGUCAUCGGCCUUUCCGUUUUGGGCUGGUCCGAUCGCCGUAAUGCCGGCAGCCCCGCCAGUCGAUGUGUUGUGAACCGCCGCCACACAAACCCAAGCCCGCCAGGUCUUCAUCUUCACGCCGACAGAAUGCUCAAGCUAAAGUUUGUCAACACCACGAACAUUCCCGUUCAAAAGCGUAAAAUUGCGCUACAUGCGUGUGAUACUUGUCGUAGACGAAAAAAACGAUGUGUUCAUCCACUAGGCGAAGGGGAGUCUCCGCCUCCGCACGGCGUUCACUGGAGGAAACGGGGCCAUCCAUCAGGACCGGCCACUUCCGCCGAGGAUGGUUCGCCGGAUGAUGUGGCCGUAACGCCAAUGGAUCCGUCUCUUCAUCAUAGGCCAACUGUAGAGGCGGACAGUGGUUCGGGUGGAGAGAUCGUUGGCGGCGAUGAUGACGAUGCCGGCGAUGAUGAUCAGACAGCCGACUCGAAUCAUGUUGCAAACUCGGAACCUCCUGCCCAGAACUCGACGUUUCCAGUUGAGCAGCCUCGGAGUCGUUCCAGUCACGCACAUCCUCGGGGAGGACUCAUACGACUCAACAAUAACAACGCGGAAACUCCUGCUCAUGGCCGAGUACCUUCGGUCAGGACAGCAGUGGUUCCCAUUGAGAGCCCAGCAGUUCAAGCGAUAGACUCAACAACUCAUAUCUCAACUCCUGAAGACAAGGCCCAACCAACAGAUCCCCACUCGAACCACAAUGACGACAGGUUUGUAGGUGACUUGAAUCCAGAGGGUGCAUUCCUAGCCGAUAGUCCAGCAACCAGUCGUGGUCAUGCCGAAUCCAACGCCGUCGGCGUGUGGUAUUCUCGUAGAAACAACGGUGAUAGCCUCACACCAGAACUUGCAUCGGCAGUCUCGAUAGACUAUGAAGCACACCAGUUUCUCGCUGUGUUACCGGAAAAGGAGUAUUAUGAACACCUCGAAAAGAUCUACAUUCGAGAUGUUCACCGGAUUCUACCCGUCAUGAAUCUCGACAUACUCCGGGCACCAACAUCAACAAUAUCCCAGGUUCUCUGCAGACAAGCCAUAUGCCUAGCUGCCGGCUCAAAUCCGAGCGCCAGACCCUACUUGACACUCGGGCAAGGCUCGUCGGCCGUCUUGAGCUACUCAGAAUUCGCCCUCCGCCUUUCCUCUGCCAUCCGGAAAGCACUCACCCUCGGCCUUGUCAAGGACCGAGUCCAAGCCGUCGCCAUAAUGGUGAUUCUCUCCCUGUACACUCACUUCUCGUCAGACCGCCAUCUGUCUGCCGAGCUAGCGGCACAGGCCGUAAGCAAUGCCCAAACUGUGGGACUUCACCUCCAAAAUCCGCCGGCCAGGUCGGAGGAUCCGGCCUAUUUGACCCGGCUUUUCUGUUGUGUUUGGGCCAUGGACCAGCUCAACGCCGCUUUCCAUGGGCGGCCGGUGAUGAUACACGAAAGAGAUCUGGGGCGCGACAUGGUGGAGUGUAUUCGAGAGCAAGACCACUGCUUCCGACUGUUUCUCGAGAUUGUGGUCUUGCUCGGGUGCAUCAUCGACCUGUAUCGCCCGGCAGCAAAGAACACAGGCUGCGUUGUCAUGGAGGAUUUCCCAAGCUUUGAUAGCCUCGUCGAAAAGUCAAAGGCUCUCGGUGUUGAAUCUCGUUUGUUGGCUUCCAUGGAACUUCUUUAUCAUGGCAUUGGCAUACUAUCAUGCCGGAUUCCCGUUGGUUCAACAAGAUCUGAGCACCUUUCGCUGGCACUCAACCGACAAGCUCUAUCCGCUAUGAAGAUCACAACCAUCAUUGAGGACUUCGGCAACACGGUAUCGCACAUGACUUUCGUACCAUACGCCGUAUCUCUAUCCCUGCGGGUCGCAUAUCGAGAACUACGAUCAUCCAAAGUGCCAAUGUUGACAGCGAGAUCGCGACGACAGCUCCAGUCAACCUGCAAGACACUACGUGGAAUGAGCAGCAUGUUCAGGUCUGCCCAGGUCAUGGUCGAUUUAGCGGAACAAGUGAUCCAAGAGAUAGACCAAGUCUGCACCAACGCCAUGAAUGAGCAGAACGGGCCCGGCUCAACAAAUGCGCCAAAUACUCCUCGGCAGGACCAAACAGUAUCACAUGACGCGCCUGCUGUAGGCAUCAGCAAUGUUGAUGACGGAAACUGCCCGCCAAACAGUGAUACUAUGCCCGUCUUUGACCCUUCCCUCUUCGAGGGACCCGCAGGUUUUGAUGUUUUUGAAUUCUUUGACCCCGGCGAUCUCAACGCCAUCGAUGCGAUCUUGGGAGGCGAUGCUCCGCCAGGCAUUGGGCCAAUGGGCUCCUUCAUUUAA